GACGGCAUCCUCUUCUCGGACUCCGCCGGUCUGGCCACGGCAGUGUCGCGCGCCACCAAGGAGCGGGCGGCCUUCGCCGAGAAGGCGCGGCGGAAGUUCGAGGGCAGAGGCUGGCAGGCGCAGUGGGACCUGGCCGCCGGGCCCAUCUUCGGCGCGCUGUAG